CGCGGGCACUGGGUCAGACAUUGGAUCGUCUGGCUGGACAGCGGGCACUGGGUCACCAGGCAUCAGGUCAUUUGGCUUGACAGCGGGCACCGCGUCAUCUGGCAAGGCAGUGGGUCCGAGUCAACAGGCACGACAGUGAGCACCGGGUCAUCAGGUACCGGAUUGUCUGGCUCGACAGCGGGCACCGCGUCAUCUGGCAAGGCAGUGGGCUCCGAGUCAACUGGUAUGACCGCGGGCACUGGGUCAGACAUUGGAUCGUCUGGCUGGACAGCGGGCACUGGGUCACCAGGCAUCAGGUCAUUUGGCUUGACAGCGGGCACCGCGUCAUCUGGCAAGGCAGUGGGGCUCCGAGUCAACAGGCACGACAGUGAGCACCGGGUCAUCAGGUACCGGAUUGUCUGGCUCGACAGCGGGCAUCGGGUCACCAGGCAUCAGGUCAUUUGGCUCGACAGCGGGCACCGGAUCAGGUACCGGAUCAUCUGGAUCAACAGCGGGCAUCGAGUCAACUGGCCUAAUAGGAUCGUCAGGCUGGAUCAGUUCAUCAUGCUGGGUAGAGGCAUCAGGCUGAAGAGAGGCAUCAGGCUGCGUAUCGGCAUCAGGCUGAAGAGAGGCAUCAGGCUGCGUACCGGCAUCAGGCUGAAGAGAGGCUUCAGGCUGAACCAC